UCAUCUAAAGCGCCUGGAUCGGGUCGUGGACCGGGCUCCGCAGGAGCGGGCACUAGUGGCUGCCGUGCCGUCGGGGCCGGGGAAGAGAUCGGACGAUGUGGCUACGGGACUGACGCACACCUCACCCAGGGGAUACCCUGAACCCACCAACCAUACCGACACCUCCUGAACACGGCCACACACACAGAGACAGAUGGGAAAAGGGGAUGGGGUUGGCUAGCUAGUUGGCUGACCACGUCUGCGUCUUGAUCAGUGACUGGGAAGAUGGCGAUGGGCAGCUCCUCAUCGAUUAGCGGCACGAUGGCUAAAUCCUCAUCCACGUUGGGAUCGUCAUCGCUCUCAGUCGCUCUCAGCAUCGCUGCCGCCCACAAUGAAGCUGCAUUCGUGUGUGCAUGACCCGACGCACAAUCAAAUGAGUCUCGCGCUAUCCGCUAGCCCCGGCCCGACUGCUGCUCUUCCUUCUUACUCAU